GAGCCCGCUAGUGUAUAGUCAACACGAUAAAUAUCAAUUACCGCGGUUCUCAAUCAUGGCAGACUGGGAAGGAACACCAGGUUCUCCGGAAGUCGCUGACGAAAUGGACAUGGAGGAAGAGUACCUUUUCGAUAAUUGUGCAGAAGACCCUUUCCAAAGUCACUCCUCGGAUAAUGCGUCCAAUUUUAAUGAUUUGAUCGGAAACACGGAGGUUAUGGAUUUUGCCUCGGAUUUUGCAGAUAAAAUGACAGACGGCCCAAGAGAAGGCACAUGCCAGCGGAUCGGGAAUAACAGCUCCUGCAGUAGCUCGGUCGAUAAAGUGGACUCUUCGGAACAUGAUUUGUUUGUUUGUACUCUACUAGUUUACAAGCGUGAAUUCAAGGGCCAAACAUCAGGAGCUUAUAUUGCACGCUGGGAGCUGUCUGCAAACAGUAGAGACGAUUUCCUGGCCAAGAUAUGGAACUUGGCCAGCGAAUUCUUGCACCGGGAAAUUAUUUUUGAGUCGAAUACAGAUGGUAGUACAACUCCAAAGUGGCAUUCUAAGGAGAAACCUACAAUGGAAGACUUUAACAAUUUUGCACUGUUUCAGUCUGGUCGGCGCUAUUAUAAGGUGGAAAACUUGCAAGACGUUAAGCAUAAUUUGCUGCGAAAUUGGCGUGAUAAGGAAAUAUCACUAUACCUUCAUAUAUAUUCAUUGAGUGUUAGCAAUCGUGCAGUAUGGAGUACCGUUAAAGAACAGCUCAUUGAUCCAAGUGACCAGGAUCGUGCUGGCGCUGCUAGCACACAGGUCGUUCUUGAAUUGACAGAGGAGCUGAGAAAGCUUCACGGUGAGUAUCUUGAAGCCCACGGAAUGGCAUGGACUUUCUGGGCCAAUGCAAUCCAGAGUGCUCCUGCUUAUAAAAGAUCUUCUAUGAUGCAAUAUCCACCACAGACGUUGGCAGGUUUAUUCGCUGCGAAAGAAGGUACACGCAUAAAUGCUAUCAAACGCAAGUUAGAAACGGUUAAUAAUGACAAUAAUAGUUGUCAUGAGGGCAUUGCUGCAUUGCGUAAAGCUUUCGACACAUUACGAGCGUCGAUGAACACCGGAAUUAAUGCAUUGAAUCAUCGAAUCGAACGAUUGGAGCUUCGAGAACUCACCAGUAGCAAUCUUCUCAACGCCAUGAAAACAUCAAUAGUGGUCCACGAAGAUGAGAUUGGUGAAAAUUUGAGAAAUCAUAUUACAGAUUGUCCGGACGUCGAUCAUGCAGAAUAG